AUGGAAGACUUCUUGAGAGACAGCCCUCUCGAGGACUCGGGGCAAAGCGACGUGCCCAAGUACAAAAAUUAUGACACUUUUGGAGGCCGGUCACUGUUUCAAAAUGAAAACAGCCAGGAUGAGUUCAAUCCACAAACUGGUGACACAGACCCGCAAGCGCACUUCACUCUAGACCUCAACCAGCAAUUUGGAGACGAGUAUUCCUCGCCAGCGGUGGCGUCUCCAUCGAACUUCCAAGGCUCGAACCAAGGAGUAGCGCAAUCACAUCUGCUGGAGUUGGCGCCCAAUGACCCGUACUUCAGCACCUUUGAAUUCUUAUCCUCUCCUAAUCAGCAGCCAGUAUCACCAAGAUAUAACUCACAGGGUGGGAACCUCGGUGGCGCCAACCACAAUGGUACCGACUUGACCGCAGGAUUCGGCCUGGACCCUUUGCAAUUCAACAUGAGUGAUAAUUUCACCAACUUGGACCAAUUAGUCUCGCCAGACAAUAAUAUGAACAAUUCGGGAGUCAACAUCUUCUCCUCGGCUCAAUAUUUUUCUCCCAACACAAGGACAAAUCAUUAUAACCAGCUCUCAGCAAUCGCUGAGGAUAGCUUGCCGGGCUCGUUUCAAAACACUUUCAGCCCUGAACUUUCGAGGCAUGGCUCUGUGAGUAUGCCUCCGCUGGGUGACCCUUAUAUGUCCCCUCAAACGAACGCAUUCUUAUCUCCCCAAUCCAAAGCUUUUGAAGGCAAUUUCGAUACCCUUAGGUCUCCCUACUCCGGCUCAUCUCAUCCCAAUUCCCCUCCACCCCCACUUAAUUUGAACUUAAGUAAGAGCAUCCCUACCGCCGUCAAUUUCAACCAGGUUUCCUUCAACGACUCACAAGCCCAACGACAGCAGCAACAAUCGAUUGAGAACACCCUAUCCCCUCCACAACAACUGUAUUUGGGUACAUCGGCCCCCAGCAAUUCCAAGAAACCAGAACCUUAUCCCACCUCCUCUAAGCAGUUGACCCAGGAAGAAAAAGCCAAACGUAGAAGAGAGUUUCACAAUGCAGUCGAGCGCAGACGACGUGAUUUGAUUAAAGAGAAGAUCAAAGAACUUGGCUUUCUUGUUCCUCCAUCUCUCCUCAAUCCUCACGUCUGCGCUGUGCAAAGCUUACUGAAACAGCCUCACCAAAACUCAGCAGAAAUCAAAGAACUACUAUCCACGGUUAAAGUGAGAGAACUGAAGCCCAAUAAAGCCACAAUCCUUCUGACCUCGGUUGACUACAUCAUUCAUUUGCAAAAAGUCGCAGAUCGCCAGAGACAGAGGCGUGAGGAGCUCGAACGAGAAAUAGCCGAGCUUGAAAAAGGUCUCGGAAAUUUGAAAACAGAGGACCCUGACUCAACUUUAAACAAUUCAGCUGUCUUCCCUGAACAGAUAAGCUCACCCACUCAAGAUUCUCAAUUCAACCCUGAUGACUUCUUCUCUGAAGUCAUCACCGAUACAAAUCAAUUUUAA